AGCAUCUUCGAUACCUGAGUAUGGCUUACGUCCUUUCUCUAAUGCCCCAGAGUUCUCCGGGCUCUCCUUACGAUCAACGAAGUUACGAAAGAUCAUGGUCAUCCUUGGGCAGCACGGGCACCGUUCAUCAUCGCCGUUCAAGACAGCUUUCAGUCGGCUCUCUGACUUCUGCAGCAUCAGUAUGUGGUCCAUCAUGGCGCUCGCCCUCGAGCCAUGGCACACCGCUUCGGUCAACAUCAUACUCAGACUUCGAGAAUGGAACAUAUCCCGCCGCGCUCCGUCGCCCAACUGCCUCAAGUAACAUAUCACGUCCUGUGAGCGUCCCUCCUGCUGUCCCCCAACUCGUCCCUGUCGUCACACCCCUGCCAUCUCCAGCGGAGUCAGAACCGAUUCUCGGUACAACAGCUUUGAACUCUGCUUUAGACUUCGUCGAUGAAGAGAGAGGUGAUUGGGAAGAAGGUCAUGCUCUGCUUGAGUCCGACAUAUAUGACAGCUCGAUUCCACACGUCGAAUCCCCUAUCGCCGAACAUGGCACUGUGACAUCUUCUCUGGCAUCCCAGCAACCUUUCUCAAGGUGGAUGAACACAUUGAAGCUGAAGAAAGCUUCAUACAAGAGCCGAGUCCGUCCCAAGCUUGACGCCUUGUUCUCGACCCAGCCUGUUGUUACCUCACCAGAGCCGUCUGUCAGGGGCCAUCGCAAGUCAGGAUCCUGGGCUUCAUCUGCCAACUUCGUGACUGCCGUCAAGUCAGCCACCAUCACAGUCGCGAGCGCAAGCAUUGCUCCCUUGUCGAGAUCGGCCAGCAAAAGGUCUGGCAAUCGUAGGCUUUGCCGUGGAAGCAGUGGUUUGUUCGAGUCCGAGCCUCGGUUCUCAACUGAUAGCGGCCGUCCUUCAUUGAGUCUCGUGAUCGAUGAUGCUGCCCGUCAGAGAGCGAAGAAGCGUCGCGAGAAGAUCGAAGAGUUGAUAAAGACUGAGGAAAGCUAUCUCGCAGACCUGAGGGCAUUAAGCAGUACCCGUGCUUCAGCUCGCAGCAACAUCACCAAUAUGCUUCAGCUACACACUGAGCUACUGGAAGACUUGCAUCGAGUGAUACCAUUCUCAGAACAUGACCAGGCAAUCGCCGAGACAUCAACGCCUAAACGCAAGCCCCACCAUACCAGAUGGCACAGCGAGGAUUCACUGCCUGUCCGAAGACCUCCGCUAGCAACAAGUCAUACUGGGUGGUCGGAUCGCUAUUCAUUGGACUCGCACAAAUCUCCAAGCCAGGAGCCACAAUCUCUGACUUGUACACCCACCACAGCUGCUGACGUUGGUCGAAUCUUCGCGAAGAAUCGUUUUGCCUUGUAUGAAGAGUACAGUGCGAGGUGCGAAUCGAUGCACGAUGACAUUGAUUUCACUCAGAAUUUCACUCAGAAAUCAUCCUUCUCUGUCUGGGAUUACGACAAAGCUAUCGAGGCACUUUCGGCCUCUGUCAAUCCUGUCAAAAGUCGAGAAGCGAACCGCAGAAAGGCACUCAGCAUCAAAGACUUGCUCAUCAAGCGAAUUACCCGUUAUGAAUUGCUGUUCAAGGAUCUUUGUAGAGUCACACCUUCUUGUGAUGACCCUACCUCGCAUGCAGUUCUAGAUGAUGUUCUUUAUCGUCUGGGCGAGACGUGCCGAAACGUUGAUGAUGCUAAAGAUAACCCAGACAAGCUUCGGUUGAUGGAGAACUCCAGACUCCUGCAGGAUCGACUCUGCUUCUCGGACAAGAUUCCGCGGGAGCUGCUCUUCCAGCGUCUCGGCAGGUUGUCCCUCUGCGGCACUCUUUAUAUUGCUUACCGGAACAAGACAGCUUUUCAGGGGUGUUACAUGAUCUGUAUCUUGUAUGAGUCAUGUCUUCUACUCGCUCUGCCAGAUCGCUCCUCAUCCAAGUACAAGGUCGUGGUCGGCACUUCCCUGGCCUCAACCAGUCUCGAGGAGAGCGACAAUGGCANNAAGGAUUCACUGACUCAUCUAGGCCUCCAAUGCCACACGGCACCCUUUACCUGGAAGCUCGUGUUCGAAAGUGCCGGUAAGAUGUACGAGCUCAUCAUGGGAGCUUGCUCGCAUGUCGAAGAAAGCGUCUGGAGAGAUCGUCUUGCCGGUCGGAUCGCUGUUGAAGCACAGCAUGUUGCCGAAGGUCACAGUACUCCCAUCGACCUCCAGUCGCCACUCACAAGGGAUAUCCGCAGCUUCGGCAAAGCUUAUAGCAAAGCUAGAGGCUUUGUUCGCCGACUAUCUGUUCAGCGUACUGCCACAUUGGGGCCAAUGACAGACAGCAACCAGGUCAUCAUCAUGCAUACCUCGGCUCCCAAAGACGACCUGAACAACUCUUCCACUUCCUCACUUCCUGGACGUUCAAAGUCACUUCCGACAACCAGCGGCGUACCUAUCUUAGCACCAAUGCGAGCAGAGCGAAUCAAGAUAGAGGCUGCAUUGUUUGAGGUGUGGACGAAAGACUCGAUUCCAUAUCCAGGAAUGGGCUUGAGGCGUACCGAGAACAUCUUCAAGGACACGGCCAGCGACCUACUUCGAAAGCUGAGCAUGGCAAGUAUCGCCAGCAACUUCUCAAGACGAUCAAUGAGCUAUACAAGCGUUCACUCAAGCCAUCAGGCACCGGAGAAGCUUGUCAAGGCCAAGCCAGUGCCACGACCCGACACGAUCAAGCCGAAGCGUCCACCUCUUAUCAAUUUCCACAAUGCGCCAGAUGCCUUCUUGCCCGAAGAUUUUGAACUGCAAGGGCCAGAUUCGAAGCGUAGCCGUAGGCUCGGGUUGCGAACAUUGACGAUGACAGACCGACCACGAUCGCCUUUCUUCUUUACAGAAAACAAGGCGCCCGAAAUCAAGCGAGCCAAUAGUUCGAGACAGCCGCGUACAUCAGCAGAGGCAGAGGUCAAAGCUGAGACCGUGGAGGAGCCGGGCAGGAAGGACAGCUUGCGACCACGCGAGGGAAACGUGGGCGUCACAGGAAUGAGCGAGGUGAAGAAGGGCGAGACGAAGCUUGUGGAAUCUGAUGUGAUGAGAAAGAAGAGACCAAGACUCUUGAGGUAUCUGACCAACAAGUCUCGGGUUGGUGACGAA